AUGGGCGGCUGCGAACAGCUGUCCUCUGCACAGAGAAUUCACAGCAAGGACAGGCCUCUAUGGGAAGACCGGUCCACCGCUGAGUCGGGAGACCCAUGCGCCGGCGUCGAUGUCGGCUCACAGGGACCCUGCGAGGGUGGACUAAGUGACGGCGGGGCGGAACUGCCCCUGCGGGUCACCCAACAGGUCCCGUGGACCGCCGAGCUCGCCCCGCCCACGCCGGCGGUGGCGGGAAAGUCGGCCGGGCAGGCGGGGCUGCAGGCGGACGCCGGGCGCCUGGGAGCCCGCGGGACCCGACGGGGCUUACCUUCCCCUCGGGGCUCCGGGGCCGGGGUUGCACCGCGCUGCCUGCUCCCCCGGGGCCGGGCGCCGAUGGCGAGGGGCUCUGAGCCCCUGAAGCCGAACGGGAGCGCCCCUGGGAUUUCCCGCGUGCAGCGCGGACCCCGGGGAAAGGAGUGUGUGAAGGAUUUGAUUCGGUACUUGAGGCAUGAGGACGAGACCCGAGACAUACGGCAGCAGCUGGGGGCAGCCCAGAUCCUGCAGAGUGACCUCCUGCCCAUCCUCACCCAACACCGCCAGGACAAGCCUCUCUUCGAUGCUGCCGUCAGGCUGAUGGUGAACCUGACCCAGCCAGCCUUGCUCUGCUUCGGCAGCCUUCCCAAGGAGCCCAGCUUCCGGCACCAUUUUUUGCAAGUGCUGUCCUACCUGCAGGCCUACAAAGAGGCCUUUGCCAGUGAGAAAGUUUUUGGCGUUAUCAGUGAAACCUUGUACGAGCUGCUGCAGCUGGGCUGGGAAGAGCGGCAGGAAGAGGACAACCUGCUGAUUGAGCGGAUCCUGCUGCUGGUCCGAAAUAUUCUGCAUGUCCCCGCCGACCCCGAUCAGGAUAAAAGUAUCGAUGACGACGCCAGCGUUCAUGACCAGCUUCUCUGGGCAAUGCACCUCAGUGGCCUGGACGACCUGCUUCUUUUCCUGGCCAGCACACCGGCUGAACAACAGUGGAGCUUGCAUGUGUUAGAGAUCAUCUCACUUAUGUUCCGUGACCAGAACCCCGAGCAGCUGGCAGGAGUAGGGCAGGGACGCCUGGCUCAGGAGAGGAGCACAGAUGUGGCCGAGCUGGAGGUGCUGCGCCAGCGAGAGGUAGCGGAAAAGAAGACCCGAGCCUUCCAGCGAAGCAACAGGCAUUCUCGAUUUGGGGGUUCCUACAUUGUCCAGGGUCUGAAAUCCAUUGGGGAGAGGGACGUCAUCUUUCACAAAGGUCUUCACAAUCUCCAAAACUACAGUUCCGAUUUGGGGAAGCAGCGGCGAAGGGUCCCUAAACGGCGCCAGGCUGCCCGGGAGCUGUCCACUCAGCGCCGCUCGGCCCUCAACGUGCGACUCUUCCUCAGAGACUUCUGCUCCGAGUUCUUGGAGAACUGUUACAACCGGCUCAUGGGGGCGGUGAAGGAUCACCUGCUUCGGGAGAAGGCCCAGCAGCACGACGAGACCUACUACAUGUGGGCGUUGGCUUUCUUCAUGGCCUUCAACCGAGCCGCCGCCUUCCAGCCAGGCCUGAUUUCCGAGACCCUCAGCGUCCGGACCUUCCACUUCAUUGAGCAGAACCUGACCAACUACUAUGAGAUGAUGCUGACCGACCGCAAGGAGGCCGCGUCCUGGGCACGCCGGAUGCACUUGGCUCUGAAGGCCUAUCAGGAGCUGCUGGCCACAGUGAACGUAAUGGAUAUGUCCCCGGACGAGGCCGUGAGGGAGAGCAGCCGCGUCAUCAAGAACAACAUCUUCUAUGUGAUGGAGUACCGAGAACUCUUCCUAGCGCUCUUCCGAAAAUUCGAUGAGAGGUGCCAGCCCCGCUCCUUCCUUCGUGACCUGGUGGAAACAACCCAUCUUUUCCUCAAGAUGCUGGAGCGGUUCUGUCAGAACAGAGGGAACCUGGUGGUGCAGAACAAACGAAAGAAGAGAAAGAAGAAGAAGAAGAAGGUGUUGGACCAGCCUGCUGCUUCUGGCAGUGGCCCUCUCAGCCCAGAGGAGCUGGAGGCUAUGUGGCCAGCCCUGGCUGAACAGCUACAGUGCUGCCCCCAGGCCCCGGAGCUCAGUGUGGACUCUGUGGUUCCCUUUGACGCUGCCUCGGAGGUGCCUGUGGAGGAGCAGCGGGCAGAAGCCAUGGUGCGGAUCCAAGACUGCCUCCUGGCUGGCCGGGUGCCGCAGGCUCUGCGCCUCCUGAGGUCUGCUCGGGAGGUGUGGCCAGAAGGCGAUGUGUUUGGCUCUGAAGACAUUUCCCCAGAGGAAGAGGCCCAGCUGCUGAAGCAGAUCCUCUCUGCGCCUCUUCCCCGGCAGCAGGGGCCAGAGGAACACGGGGUGGAGGAGGAAGAGGAGGAAGAAGAGGAGGAGGAAGAGUUGCAAGUGGUCCAGGUGUCGGAGAAAGAAUUUAAUUUUCUGGACUACCUGAGACGCUUCGCUUGCUCGACCGUGGUCCGAGCCUACGUGCUGCUGCUGCGGAGCUACAAGCAGAACAGUGCCCACACGAACCACUGCGCUGUCAAGAUGCUGCACCGCCUGGCCCACGACCUCAGAAUGGAAGCCCUCCUUUUCCAGCUGUCCCUCUUCUGCCUCUUCAAUCGUCUGCUCAGCGACCCUGCCGCUGGGGCCUACAAAGAAUUGGUGACUUUUGCCAAGUACAUCUUGGCCAAGUUCUUUGCACUGGCUGCAGUCAACCAGAAAGCCUUUGUGGAACUGCUGUUCUGGAAGAACACAGCUGUGGUUCGAGAAAUGACCGAGGGUUAUGGCUCCCUGGAUGGCGGGUCUUCCGGUCGCAGACCUCCUGCGUGGAGCCCAGUGGAGGAGGCCCAGCUUCGGGAACUGUACCUUGCCCAUAAGGACGUGGAAGGUCAGGAUGUGGUGGGUAUCAUCUUGGCCCAACUGACCACUGCUCCUCGAACCCGCAAGCAGGUCAUCCACCAUCUGGUGCGGCUGGGGCUGGCCGACAGUGUCAAGGACUUCCAAAGGAAAGGAACCAAUAUUGUCCUGUGGACGGAAGACCAGGAGCUGGAAUUGCAGCGGCUCUUUGAGGAGUUCCACGGCUCGGAUGAUGUCCUGGGUCAGAUCAUGAGGAACAUCACAGCCAAGCGCUCCCGGGCCCGAAUAGUUGAGAAGCUGAUGGCCCUGGGGCUGGUGACUGAGCGGCGGGAGCUGUACAAGAAACGCCGGAAGAAGUUGGCACCCUCGAGCGUGCCCAAUGGAGAAGAGUCUCGGGAAGACUUUUACCCGGAAGAGAUGGAAGAAGAAGAGAAGCUGUCGGGGGAACAGAGUGAAGAAGAGGAAGAGGAGGGCUGGGGAGCAGAUGAAGGCCAGGGGAGCACAGUCCUCCCAACUGAAAGCCUUAAGCAAAACCUGCAACAGGAAGGCCUUUCUGCUCCCAUCCUGUGGCUCCAGAGCUGCCUGGUUCGAGCGGCAGAUGACCGGGAGGAGGAUGGUUGUUCCCAGCCAGUUCCGUUGGUGCCGCUGACUGAAGAAAACGAGGAAGCCAUGGAAAAUGAACAGUUUCAGCAGCUGUUACGCAAACUAGGGGUUCGGCCCCCUUCCUCUGAGCAGGAAACCUUCUGGCGAAUCCCAGCCAAGCUGAGCCCCACUCAUCUCCGGAGAGUGGCAGCUUCCUUGAGUCAGCAGGAGGAGAAGGAAACCUUGCAACCAGACGUGGAACUUGCAGUCCCCGGGGAGGAGGAAGGGGGGCAUGAAGAGGAGCACCAAGCACAGGCCCUGAGACCCCUCCUGUUAGCCCGGAAAAAGAAAGCAGGCGUGGCGCCUCCCACAGAGGAAGGGGCUGCUACUAGUGGGACGGAGCAGCUGCUGGUAGCUCCCAAGAAGCGACAGCUGCUGGACAGUGAUGAAGAACAGGAAGGAGAGGGCACGGGCAAAGCACCGGAGCCGGGAGCUGCAGGAAUCCGAAGGAAGAGGCGGUUUCCCAUUGAGGAUGAGGACGAGAACGACUGAAGAGCCAGAGGCCAGGGGAGAGACAAGCCCGUUUGUAGGGGGUGCGUGAAUUAAAGUCGACGUUGAGAAGGGGUCACACAGGAGCCAAGGUUACUCUUGAUGGACUGAAACGGUCCAUUUAGGUACAGCACUUGCUGGCCACAAUGCUGAACUCCUCUGCACCUGUUUUAUCCCUACGCCCUGGAGAAUUACUCCUCCCACCUCUCCAUACAAGUGACGAUUAGCGCCCCUUAGCUAAUGCGAGGAGUGAGUGAGGUAAAGAGGGCACCCUGGAUCCCCAUAUGGCUCUGUUCCUCUGGGUUCUCUGCUGCAGGUCGGUCCCAGGUCCAAACGGGAGCUUUAGGACGCCAUUGAGCGGUGGGGAUUUUCCAUCAAAUCCCCACCAGGGGCUCCCAUGUUCACUUCCCCCCCUGUGGCUACCCCAUAGACACCACAUUUAGCACACGUCCUGUAGCUGAUGUAGGGUUGUCAUGUGGUCACCUCCUGUUGAUGAGUGUUUUGUUUGUGGUUUUUACUGAAUUAAACAAAUAAAAUUGAAA